ACAGUGCUGCAGAAAUAAUCAAGUGUAACAGAGCUGGAACCACUGCUGUUCAGCCUGCAGAAAUGGCCAGCAAAUCUUCAAUGCCAUCUGCCCUCCCAGCUCCUGAAGAGGUACCUUCUGGACUAGAUGUUUUUAGAACUAUACCAUAUGCUUUGAUUCUGCCAGAGCUGUUCUUUGGCUGUUGGGUUUGGAUCCUCGUAGCAGCUACCAAUGUACAUUUCCCUUUGCUGCAGGGAUGGGUUAUGUAUGUGUCUGUCAGUUCAUUUGUCAUUUCUCUGCUGCUCCUAAUGGCCUACCUGUUUGGCUUCCACAGAAACAUUCAAUCCUGGAGAAUCCUGGAUAGCCUUUACCAUGGAGCCACUGGGAUUUUUUAUAUGAGUGCGGCAGUCUUACAGGCUAAUGCCACAAUCCGUUCUGAGACAGAAGUGCCAGACCAAUAUAUACCUCUCUACUAUCAGCUUAAUGCUGCCGCCACAUUCUUUGCAUUCAUCACCACACUGCUGUAUAUUUUACACGCUUUCAGCAACUACUACCACUAAAUGUCUCUGCAAAAGAAAAGGACAUCAUGGCAAGGACAGUGCCAAAGAGCUACAAUUUGUGUUCCAAAAUAAACUGGCUAAAAUUUAUUUAAAGACUGAGUUCUGCUAAAACUGAGAUCCCUCAGAACCUAGUUUAAAACUUCUCAUUUUAAGAUACUGGGUUUUGUAAUAAAAUUGUACAUCAUUCAUUUUAUAUUGAAGCAGUAUGUAUGCCAAUACAAUAGAACAAAUAUAAUCUGACCCUCAGUUAUCCAGUUCUUUCAGUUAUCCCAAAUCAUAAUGAUUCCUUCUAUUUUCCCAUGUAAAAUGUUCCCAUUUACCUAAAAUAGUAAUUUUUUGAACAUGCUAUGUUCAAGGUAUAUUUCUCACAUAGUUUAUUGGCUGAGGAAUGCUGAAUGCUGCAGAGGAUUCUGGGAUAUGUGCAGUGUUAGAUCAUGUGAGGCACUGACUGUUUUCCACCUGACUGUUAAGACCAGCUUUGCAGUUUUGUGCACAACAGCAUAAUCCUGAGAGGAUUUUACUGCAUCAGGUUUAUGCUGGAAUUAUUUCUUGGGAUUAUACCUACAAGUAAAUACAUGCUGUUGCAACACCAGUCCCUGAUAUAGUAAAAGCCAGCUGUUUCCACAUGAGGAGGGCCCAAAAUGAUCCUUCUCAAGAUGCUGUUUCUAUGUCAAAAAGUAAUGUAUGAAUUGGCCUUAAAUUACCUUUCAACUAUGACAAUGUACAUAAAGAUGUUCUGUCCUUUGUUAUUAUAUAGCAUAUUUGUUUUAGUCGGAAAUAUGAAAUAACUUAUUGGUAAAUCCAUAUAUAUAUAUAUAUUCAGAUUUCCAUUUUAUAUUGCUAGUUUAGUUAACUAUCUCUUGCCAGGACAACAUGACUAACUUUUUUCUCUUCUA